AUGGAGGCGCCCCACCCCGACCAACGACCAGCAAAGAAGCGCCGCUUUUUCGCACAAGACUCGUCGCCAGCCCAAGCACGCUCGAAGCCGUCCCAUCCACGUCGGCCGUCCGCGCCGUCCCCGCCGUCCCCGCCGUCCCCGCCGUCCCCGCCGUCCCCGCCACACGCACCCUCGAGUCCAACACGCCUACCCGACCAAGGGCAAGACGGCCCCCGUGUACCAGCACGCGAUGGCUUCGACGUGGACAUGCUGCAGGCCGUCGUGGGAGCGCUGCCCGCCUCCACCCUGCAGAAGCUCAAGGACGUCAGCAGCAGCCAUGUGGAGAGAGCAAUCAACCUGUAUCUCGACGGCUCAUGGGCCUCUGCCUCUGCCUCUGCCUCUGCCUCUGCUCCUGCCUCUGCCUCUGCCCCUGCUCCUGCCCCUGCCCCCGCGCCCGCUCCUACCCCCGCGCCUGCUCCUACCCCCGCCGCCCUCUUCCUACCACGCCCCCACUCCGUCCAGACGACGAUAGCGAGCUCACUGCAACGCACCGAGUCCCAAGACUCGCUCGCCUCGCAAGCCUCCGCGCCCUCGACGCCCAUGGCCCGCCUGCUGAGAGACACGCCUCCCAAGCGCUACAUUGGUUCGUUCGGAGUCGUGGGCUGGGCGACGACGAGCGGCACACGACUGCUCAAGCACAACGACAAGCUCACCGUGGAGCGCUUCAAGAGGCAGCCAAAAUCCAAGAAGCGUGUCGUCGCCCUCCAGAAGCAGGACAUUGUCGUGCGAUUCACAAACGAGCGAGGCCAGGAGGUCGGGAGGCUGGAAAACGAGUCGGCAGCCUGGGUGUCGGCCUUGAUCGACCAGAAGGUCUGCUCCUUCGACGGCACCUGCGUAUACGCCCCAGACAGGAUACGAACGAGCGACACGAUAUACCUCCAACUGCACGCCCAUCUCCUGCGCGCCGCUUUCGAUAAGCGCAACUUCACCAACCCGGACGACAACCGAGAGGUUAGCAUCUUCGAAGAGAAGGAGACGUCCGACGAGCGCGAUCUGAGGAUGCGCCAGGUCGGUCUGGUGAAGCUCUUCGACUCCAUCAACCUGCACCCCUCACGUCGGAAUGAAAACACGGAAAAGCACAAGCGCCAACGUCUUCUGCAGGCAGCAGAGAGCGCCGAGAGCAAGGACGAAAAGCCCAAGCCGAACAACGGGACGCCUGCAAACGGCACGUCUUCGCCACCAGGCGACGAAGCUGAAGAGGGCGCAGAGCUCGAACAGGACCAGCUGGACUCGUUGUACAAGAAAGCGCAGUCGUUCGAUUUCAACACACCUACAAUGGAGCCUGCGGACACAUUCGUCAUGCACCUUCGCAAGUACCAGAAGCAGGCCCUACACUGGAUGGUCGGAAAAGAAAAGGACGAAUCGCUCCAAGCCAAGGACCUCUCCAUGCACCCAUUGUGGGAAGAGUACCAGUGGCCCGACAAGGACGCUGAUGAUCAAGACCUGCCCACCGUCCAGGACCAAGCCAUGUUCUACGUCAACCCCUACUCUGGCCAACUUUCGCUAGACUUCCCCAGGCAAGAGCAAAACUGUCUCGGCGGCAUCCUGGCUGACGAGAUGGGGCUCGGCAAGACCAUCGAAAUGAUGAGCUUGAUUCACACGCACAGAAACCAUCCAGACCAGACCGAACAAUCAGCCGCACCCAAAGCGCUUCCUCGCUUGCAAAAGACCAGUGCAGCGGUUGAGCCGGCGCCCUACACCACCCUGGUCAUCGCGCCUAUGUCCUUGCUUGCACAAUGGCACAGCGAAGCGGAGAAGGCGUCGAAAGAAGGUACCAUGAAAGCCAUGAUCUAUUACGGAUCGGAAAAGGCCGUCAACCUCCAGAAACUCUGCUGUGCAUCCAACGCCGCCAACGCUCCCAACCUAAUCAUCACCAGUUACGGCACAGUUCUGUCUGAAUUCAAUCAGGUCGCUGCUCAACAUGGCAACAGAGGGUCGCACGGUGGUAUCUUCUCGCUGGAAUACUUCCGCAUCAUCCUCGAUGAAGCGCACUACAUCAAAAACAGGCAGUCCAAGACAGCAAAAGCUUGUUACGAGCUCAGCGCGAGGCAUCGAUGGGUGCUUACGGGUACGCCAAUUGUCAAUCGACUCGAGGAUCUGUUUAGUCUGGUGCGCUUCCUAAAGGUCGAACCCUGGAGCAACUUUUCCUUCUGGAAGACAUUCAUCACAGUACCCUUUGAAGCAGGCGACUUCAUCCGCGCUCUCGACGUGGUGCAAACCGUCCUCGAGCCGCUUGUUUUGCGCCGAACAAAGGACAUGAAAACGCCCGACGGUGAGGCUCUGGUACCUCUACCACCAAAGGUCAUCGACAUCGAGCGCAUCAUCCUAUCACAAGACGAGCGAGAUGUGUACGACCACAUCUACUUGCGAGCAAAGAGCGUUUUCACACAAAACGCCGAGUCUGGCAUGCUGCUGAAGAACUACACCACCAUCUUCGCUCAAAUCCUCCGUCUCAGGCAAUCAUGCUGUCACCCCAUCCUAACGCGUAAAUCUAGCCUCGUCGCCGACGAACUCGAAGGCAACGUGGCGUCUGAUCUUGCCAAUGGUCUUGCCGACGACAUGGAUCUCUCCAGUUUGAUCGAGCGCUUCACCGCCGAUAGCGACCAAGACGUCAACAAAUUCGGCGCCCAUGUCCUCAAGCAGAUUCAAGACGAAGCCGAGGCCGAAUGUCCCUUGUGCUUCGAAGAACCUAUGGCCGACCAGGCCGUCACUGGCUGCUGGCAUUCCGCUUGCAAGGAAUGCUUGCUGAACUACAUCAACCACCAGCGCGACAAAGGCGAGGUUCCCUGCUGCUUCAACUGCCGUGAACCCAUCAACGCGCGUGAUGUCUUCGAGGUCGUGCGCCACGACCACGUCGUUGACAAACCAACACACAGUUUUGGUAUUGGCGCUCCACCAUCGGCUACCCAGACACCGCGCAUUAGCUUACGGCGGAUUGGCCUCAGCGGCUCUGCGAAAACCCAAGCUCUACUCACCCACCUCAAGAAGAACAGGAAAGAAGAUCCCCAGGGGAAAACUGUAGUCUUCUCGCAGUUCACAUCUUUCCUCGACCUCAUCGAACCUGCACUUGCUCGAGAUCACAUCCCCUUCCUCCGCUUCGAUGGCUCCAUGGCGCAAAAAACGCGCGCCGCCGUUCUUGCCGAGUUCACCGCGUCCCCGAGACCCUAUGUACUGCUGCUUUCGCUGCGGGCGGGCGGCGUGGGACUGAACUUGACCUGUGCGCGCAAUGUGUUCAUGAUGGAUCCGUGGUGGAGUUUUGCGGUCGAAGCGCAGGCUAUAGAUCGUGUGCAUCGCAUGGGUCAGGAGGGGAGUGUCAGAGUAGUAAGAUUUGUGGUCGAGGGCAGCAUUGAGGAGAAGAUGCUGAGGAUUCAGGAAAGGAAGAAGUUCAUUGCGAGUAGCUUGGGUAUGAUGAGCGAAGACGAGAAGAGAGUGCAGAGGAUUGAAGACAUCAAGGAACUGCUCAGCUGA